CAGAAAUAAAAUCGAAUUUUGCAGUGAAAAGGUCAUCAGGUCUACGAUUUAUUGCAAAAAUUGUUACAUUUUGCUUUAAGAAUAGUUUUAAUUAUAGUCUGAAUUCAGUUUUGAUUGAAUUAUGGAUCCUGACACUGCACUCGAUAGCUAUUUGGGCAAAGCGGUCCACCCAAGUAAUACCGAUUUAGAUAUUUCGGCAAUUGAUCAAUUUUGCCUUACUUUGAAAAAGAACCCCAGUUUCAUGCACAGGGCCACACAGCUGCUUGCGAAACGUAUCCAAUCGAGUAGCACAAAGGAAGCGUUAUUUACUCUAGAGGCUCUAGAGGAAUGCAUGGAAACCUGUGGUAUAGAGUUCAGGUCGGAAAUUAAUAAAUUUCGUUUUUUAAACGAAUUGAUCAAAUUAGUUUCUAGAAAAUUUGAUGGAGAUAAAACUCCGAGAGAAGUUUCUGAAAGGAUUCUUAAUAUUUUAUUAACAUGGACGAAUAAAUAUGAAAGCUGCAAUAAAAUUCAGGAAGCAUAUAAUUUGCUUAAAACUCAAGGAAUAGAGCACCAGCCACAGCAGAACGUAGUAGUAAAGAGUACGCCCAAGAGUGAUUCCCGUGGGAGUUUGGAGGAUAGCGAACUCGCAAAGCUCCGAAAAUUGAUUAAUAGUUCAAAGCAGGAGGAUCGCGACAUGGCAAAUCUACUGAUUCAGAAUUUUUAUCGCGAUGACGAAAGACGAACACAGAUGAAGGCUCGUCGUCUAUCUGAACUACAAAAGGUGUCGGAGAAUACCAAACUUCUUGACGAAAUGCUUUCACAAUAUCGAGCUGAUGAGAGUUCAGAAGAAGAGCUAGCCAUAAUUAGAGAUAUUUUCCAAUCCUGCGAAGGAAUGCAUCCAACAAUUAUUCGCCUAGCAGAAGAAACACAGCACAGUGAGGGGAUGUUAGAUCUAUCUCACACGAACGGAGCAAAAAAUCUAGCUAAAUUUUGGACUCUAGCUCGCGAUUUUGAAAAAAUUUUCGAGGUUAACGAUAAUCUUACCCAGGUGUUGGAUAAGUAUCGACAGCUAAUACUGAAUAAUAAUAAGCAAACCGGACGGAAGUUUGAUCCGUCUCCCACAAAAUCAUCGUUACCUUCUAAAUCUCAGUCAAACGCUUCGCUCGAAACAUCAUACACAGCAAACGUGGUUGGAUCGGAUCCACUUGAUACACUAUUCGAUAUCUCUACGAUUCCUUCGAAUAGUGAUGCGGCACGAAGUACUUUCGAGGAUCUCAGUGAAAUAUUUUCUACGUCUGUCAGCACAGACGAAUCACAUAAAAAAUCUGAUUUGUCGUCAUCAAAAGCUGCUGCUCUGAAUACUGAAACCAUUCUGACUCCAGUGAUGAUCAACAAUGGUCCUGCACCAAGUAAUAUUUUUCCUGGUGUUUCCACAACCACUAAUGGCCUCAACAAAUAUCGUGAUCUAAACAACUUAUUACAGACUAAUAAUGUCAAUGGGAAAAUGGAAAAUUCUCCAAAAACAACACCAACCAAUAUUGUAGAUAGAAGAUCUGUAAGUUUAAAUACUAAAUCUACUAUAGUAGAGUCAUCUGCUAGUACAGAGAAAUCUAUUCCGGGUCUGGAUUUACUGGUGAGCGGUAUGAAGUCCACACUACUGUCCAACAACACGUCAGCGGAAUCCCAGGACGAGCCUAUUUCCGACAGAAUUCAUGCAAUUGAGGUGGACGAUAUAUUAUUGGAAACCGUUGCUCAUGAAGUUCCACAAUCUUGCAUAAAUGCAGCGGAAGAUUCUCCAGUAUUGAUUUCUGUAAAGCCACAAUUCAAAUCGUUAGCAGAGAUUGUAAUUGAUUUAGACAAUAUUCAGCCUAGUCGGGAACCAUCGCGCACCGUUUGGGAUGAUAAAGAAGGCCUUCAAAUUACGCUGAAUUUCGCAAAGGACCAUCCUCGGUCGGACGUGUCUGUGAUUGUAAUUUCCACCAUCAACCAGGGUCGGGUCGAAAUUCCGGAGUUCCAUUUCGAUGCAAGUGUUCGAAAACCGUGCAAACUUCGUCUAUUGCCAGCUUCGGGCUCUAGUCUUCCCGGUACUAAACCUUUCCGUCCACCUGCUGACGGAAUCACACAGGUUCUUCUGCUGGCCAAUCCUAACGGAGAACCAGUCGAUCUGACUUGUAUACUUAACUACUGUGUGGGUGACGAUCCGGAUCCAAUUAAAGAGUCAAUCGUUAUAACUGGUGUACCAUUCACUAGAGAAUAGUACGGCUGGAUUGGGAUUGGUAGAAAAAUCACAAAUCAUAGAAUUCAGCAAACCUCAAAUCAUUUGAGAAGGCUAUAAAUGGCAGCAUGUGAUGGAUUAAAGUGAAGUCGAAUCAAAUUCAUGUCUAAGUUCUUAAUAACGAUUAUUUUGGCAUAUGUUCUUGUAAAAUGCAUUUAGCUUCGAACGAUUGUUUAUUGUUCUUUCAAGAUGUAUGUUUAUAUAUACAAUAAUUUGGUAGCUGUAUAUUAUGUGUUGUCACGAGUUCAUUUUAUUCAUUUUGAUAAUACACUAUAAUAGUUAGGUGCAAAUAGGAAAGAUUACAUUUGAAA